AUAUUCUUCAAAAGCAACACUGCAAUGUCUGCCAUAUCGCUGCUUCUGCUUGUUGGAAUAUUAGUACUAUCGUCCAUUGGACCAGAAUUUACAGCUGCACAAGCCAUAGGAGUUUGCUAUGGAGUAAACGGUGGUAAUCUACCAUCAAGGCAAGAAGUUGUGGAUUUAUAUAAAACAAAUGGAAUUGGUAGAAUGCGGAUAUACUACCCAGAUGAAGAUGCACUCAAAGCCCUUAGAGGUUCAAACAUAGAGUUGAUCCUUGAUGUGGCUAAGGAAACACUUCAAUCUCUUACAGAUGCCAAUGUUGCCACAGAUUGGGUCAAUAAAUAUGUGACACCCUAUUCACAAGAUGUCAAAUUCAAGUACAUUGCUGUUGGAAAUGAAAUCCACCCUGGUGACAAUGAGGCUCAGUAUAUUCUACCUGCCAUGCAGAACAUUCAAAAUGCAAUUUCAUCAUCCAAUUUACAAGGCCAAAUCAAAGUCUCAACAGCAAUAGACUCUAGUCUAAUUGAUAAAUCAUACCCACCCAAUGAUGGCAUUUUUAGUGACAAUGCAAGCCCAUAUAUAAAGCCCAUUAUAAGUUUCCUAGUGAACAAUGGGGCACCACUUCUUGCCAAUGUUUACCCUUACUUCGCUUAUGCUAAUAAUCAACAAAGCAUUAGUCUUGCCUAUGCUCUUUUUACCCAACAAGGAGACAAUGAUGUUGGGUACCAAAACCUCUUUGAUGCUAUGUUGGAUUCAAUAUAUGCUGCUCUUGAGAAAGUAGGAGCAUCCAAUUUGGAGAUUGUUGUAUCUGAGAGUGGGUGGCCAUCUGAAGGUGGAGAUGGAGCCACGAAUGAAAAUGCAGCCACUUACUAUGCUAAUUUGAUUAAUCACGCCAAGGGUGGGAGCGGGACUCCGAAGAGGCCUGGUGGGCCUAUAGAGACUUACUUGUUUGCCAUGUUUGAUGAAAACAAGAAGCCCGGUGCGGAAACUGAGCGACAUUUUGGUCUAUUCAGUCCUGACAAAGCUGCUAAAUACCAAGUCAAUUUCAAUUGA